CAAGUACCCCGUAAUUACUCAGUACCUUACCUGUAAUUAUACCGUUUUUCGUCUGGUGCUUGUCCCACUCCUCUCGCCUUCUUCUCCUCUUCAUCCGCUUCCCUACCUUACCUACCUACCUACCUCUACCUCCUAUUCAACUUCGCCUGUCGUGUAUCUCUUCGCCGAGCCGUCCUACCUCCUCACAGCACACAGAGUCAACGAGAUUGGAGCCCUCUUCGCCCCUUAUAAUCGCCUCCGUAACCAUCCGUUCUGAACAACAAUAACAACAUUGGCCAUCUAGCUCACAGCCGGCCACGAACCCGACUUACGGAUCCUCCCCCGACUUGACAUAACUCGACAAGAUGGCUCCAUCCGUAGACACACGUGCCGUGAUCAGGCAGCUCGCCACCCCUCCGCCUCCGGGCUCCCCCUACGCCCUCCCCGUCCAGGGGUCCGAGACGGAGGGCCGGACCGCUGUGUAUCGUCACUGGCGCAACCGUGACAACGAAUUGAUGAUCACCCUCGAUCCAGCGUUCCGGACCAUGUUCGACCUGUUCGAGGAGUCCGUCAGGAAGUUCUCCACGUGCCCGUGCCUCGGCCAUCGUCCCUGGAACCCGGCUACCCGCACCUGGGAGGACAAGUACACCUGGAUUACCUACGCCGAGGUUGCGGAGCGUCGCAAGAACCUUGGCGCUGGUAUCGUUGAGAUCCACGAGCAACACGGUGUUGGCCGCGACAGGUACGGUGUCGGCCUGUGGUCCCAGAAUCGCCCAGAGUGGCACAUCACAGAGCUUGCUGCCGUGUCCCAAUCCCUCUUCACCGUGUCCCUGUACGAGACUCUCGGACCCGAGACGACUGAAUACAUCAUCAACCAUGCCGAACUUGCUUGCGUCGUCACGUCGCUACCUCAUAUCCCGACGUUGCUCAAGCUCGCGCCCCGGAUACCGAGUCUCAAAAUCAUCAUCUCCCUCGAUCCCCUGGAUGCCGGCGAGCCUACCGGACACUCCAAGCUCUCCGUGCUGAAUGUUCUUGCCGCCCAGCAUGGCAUCAAGAUCUACUCCAUCCACGAUGUGGAGGCCAUCGGUGCCAAGUCUGGCCGCACCAUGCGCCCACCCCGUCCCGAGGACAUCCAGACGAUUAACUAUACCUCGGGAACCACGGGCGUCCCCAAGGGCGUGGUGCUGACCCAUUUCAACGCGCUCUCGGCCGUCUCCGCCGCUCGCGCGCUCGAGACGGUCACGGAGCGUGGAGUCCAUAUCUCCUACCUGCCUCUCGCCCACAUCUACGGCAGGAUGGUCGAAAGCGUCGCGUUUGCCGAAGGCGCGCGCCUCGGCUUCUUCCGCGGCGACAUCCUCGGCCUCGUGGAGGACCUGAAGAUCCUGAGGCCCACGGCUUUCGUCUCCGUGCCUCGUCUGUACAAUCGCUUCAACUCGGCCAUCCGUGCCGCGACAAUCAACGCGGACGGCGUGAAAGGCGCGCUGUCUCGGCACGUCAUCGACACGAAGAAGGCUUCCAUGAAACUCCCUGCCGGGAAGGCCAAGAACACGCACCUCCUCUACGACCGGAUCUGGACGCCCAAGGUCCGCGCCGCUGUGGGCUUGGAUCGUGCUACCGCCAUGACGAGCGGCAGCGCCCAGCUGGAUCCCGACGUGCAGCAGUUCCUGCGCGCUGCCUUUGGCAACGAGUUCGUGCAGGGAUACGGUCUCACCGAGUCGUACGCCCUCGGAACGUGCCAGGCGAAGGGCGACUUCUCGACCGGGAACAUCGGAGGCCCCGCUCUCUGCUCUGAGAUCUGCCUCGAGUCGGUUCCCGACUUCGACUACCUGGUCACGGACAAGCCGAACCCGCGCGGCGAGCUGCUGCUCCGAGGCCCCAACAUCUUCCAGGGCUACUACAAGAACGAGGAGGAGACGCGGAAGGCCAUCGAUGCGGACGGGUGGUUCCACACCGGCGACAUCGCCGAGGUGGACAGCCUCGGCCGGUUCAAGAUCAUCGACCGCAAGAAGAACGUCCUCAAGCUGUCCCAGGGCGAGUACAUCUCCCCCGAGCGCAUCGAGAACGUCUACCUGGGCAACACGAACCUCAUCGGCACCGCCUAUAUCCACGGCGACCCGAGCCAGUCGUGCUUGGUCGGCAUCUUCGGCGUCGAUCCGGAGAACUUUGCCCCCUUCGCCAGCAGCGUCCUGAAGCAGACUGUCGACAAGACCAACGUGACUGCGCUCAAGGCUGCGGCGAAGGAUCCUAAGGUGAAGAAGGCCUUCCUUCAGCAGCUGGACAAGAUUGGCCGGAGCCACAAGUUCAACAGCUACGAGAGGGUGCGGAAUGCGUACUUGGAUGUUGAGCCGCUCACCGUCGAUAACGACCUAUUGACUCCUACGCUGAAGCUAAAGAGACCGCAAAUCGCCAAGGCCUUCCGCGAGCACAUCGACGAAAUGUACGCUGAAGUCAAUGCCGAGGCCCCUGAGAAGGCUAAGCUGUAAGGUAGUGUGAAAGAACGCUUUGGGCUUUGGAAAAAAGGGGAGGUAUAGUGUUCGAAUAGGGGGG